AUGGGACAUCCCAAGACAUCUCCCAGGAUAUCCCCGGACAUCCCUCUGGAUAUUUGGCCAUUGCCUAAGGGAUGCGGGUAUGAGCUCCAGAUGCAAUAUGGAUCAAUUGGUUGGGCUGUAGGUACGACUCUUAGAUAUGCACAGGUUGUACGGAAUAAGCGAGUGAUUGCUUCCAUUGGUGAUGGUAGCUUCCGAGUGACAGCACAAGAUGUGUCAACAAUGUUGAGAUGUGAACAGAGGACCAUCAUCUUCCUUAUAAACAAUGGGGGAUACACCACAGAAGUUGAGAUCCAUGACGGGCCUUACAAUGUGAUCAAGAAUUGGAACUACACUGGUUUGGUCGAUGCAAUCCACAAUGGUGAAGGCAAGUGCUGGACAGCAAAGGUGCUCUACGAGGAAGAGCUCAUCAAUGCAAUUGAUACAGCAAUGGGUGCUAAGAGUGAUUGUUUGUGCUUCAUAGAAGUGAUUGUUCACAAGGAUGACACUACGUUGAUGUUUGUAUAUCUUCAUCUUAUGUCACCUAGCAUGCAUAAUAUGAAGGAUUAG